AUGUUGGCAGCUCUUCCAGAGGGCACCGUUCACCUACGAUUUCCUGGCCUGGUUCCAGUUUGCAAGGAUCUGGGGGUCGACUUUGCGCCGGCGGUUGUUGGGUUUGAAUAUGCAAGGGGGGGAAGGGGCGUGCCGAAGUGUGAGGGCGUCGUGGUUUGCGAGGAGAAUGAAGAACUCGUUCUGGCGGCCUACUUCGAAGUGCAGCAACAUCGCGCCGAGGCGGCGGAAGAGAAACGACGAAGGGAGGCUGAAGCCGGGUGGCGCAGCCUUCUGGGAGCAGUGUGGAAGCGCGUGCAGCUCAGCAAACGCUAUUCCGAGGACACGGAGGCCGCAGACCCAACCGAGGGCCACAGGGCCGAAAACAAUGCGUGCAGCGCACAUGAAAGUGAUCCCAAGUGUGUUGGCGGGGAGAGCUUGAUUGCGGGUGGCGCUGUGUCAGAAGGCACAAGGGAAAGGUGUCAUGGCGGGCUGCAGCUUGAGAUCGAGGAUUUCUGA